CCUGUUCUGACGUGGCCGCACUGUAAGAAUCCGCAGCAUGCUGACUUUGUUUUCUAAUGUCAUUGCAGAUCUCGUCAUUAGGGUGGCAAAGGAUAAAUUCGGAGCCAUACAAUCCGAGUACCAGAAGGUCAUUUAUUAUGAGAUCGGCUUUGUGGUGUGCACGGCACUGGGACUGCUGUUCACUUUGCUGCUGCCGCUGGUGGGGCUUCUCUUUUGUCUGUGCCGCUGCUGUGAUAACUGCGGAGGAGAAAUGCACCAGAGACAGCGGAAGAACGCGGACUGCCUUAGAGGACUGCUGACCACACUGUUACUCACCACCACCUUCAUUAUCACGGCAGGGGUCCUUUGUGCAUAUGCAGCCAAUCAGAACCUGAGUUCCCAACUGAAGAGCAUGAGGAGCCUGGUGAAGAGUAACUUGAAAGACCUGCACACCUUUGCCAAUCAGACUCCUGCUCAAAUUGAUUACCUGAUUUCUCAGUACGGCACAGUGAAGCACCAUGUGCUGUAUGACCUGGAUAAUGUAGGUCUGCUCUUGGGUGGAAGUAUACACGAGGAGCUGGGAAAAGACGUGCAGCCCGCUCUCAACGCGGCUCUCAGCAUGACUGGAACAAUGCGAGACACUAAGGAUGCUCUAGAGAUUGUGAGUUUGACGUUGGACACUUUGCAGGAAGGAACAGUCAAACUGCAGGCUAACCUCAGCCUGGUGCGUGGAAGUCUUAGCAGCGCCCUUAAUGAUCCUGUCUGCACAGAGAAACACUCAACUGAGAUUUGUCAAAACAUACAUAGCACCCUUCCCAGGCUAGACAUUGCAGCCAACUACUCAUCGUUGCCUGAUGUGACAAACCAGUUAGACAAAGUGAAUGAUGUUCUAAAGACGGAUCUCGGUCAGAUUGUGAAAAAGGGCUUUGCAUCCUUUAAUGACACUCCCACCUUGGUAAGAGAUCAAACCCGAAAUAUUGUGGAAGGGGUGAAGGUUCUGCUGGACGACAUUGGAUCAAACAUCACCAGUUUCACCAAGCUCUUCCCGGUUCAAAGCUCUGUGACCAACUUCUCCAAAAUGAUCUCUCACACACACUCACAGAUCGAGGACAUCUACCCUCAGGUCGAUCAGAUGGAUUUCUACAGGUGGAUCUGUUGUGUUACCCUGUGCUGUAUGGUUGUGCUCAUCCUCACCUUCAAUUUUCUGGGUUUGUUGUGUGGUAUUCUGGGAUUUGACAGGCACUCAACUCCAACCACACGUGGUUGUGUCUCUAACACAGGAGGCAAUCUGCUCAUGGCUGGUGUGGGCUUCAGCUUCCUGUUCUCCUGGGUGCUCAUGGGAGUGAUAACAGUACUGUUUUUGGUGGGUGGGAAUCUAGAAAAGCUUGUGUGUGAACCAUUUCAAACCCGACAACUGUUUAAGGUGUUAGAUACGCCCAACCUGGUCAACUCUGCUUGGAGAAACUUCAUACCAGGAUACCUGUACAAUGACCCUGAGAUGGACCUUACAGCAUAUUCUCUCUACAGUAAUUGUAAGGACAACAGAGGGAUUUACUCAGCUCUUCAUCUGGAUAAGAUCUUCAACAUCUCAGCCUUCUUUAACACUAGUGUUGUGAGUGGAUCAAGGCUUAGCUCAGGAGAACAAGCAAACUACAACUAA